GGCGGUGGCGGUUAUGGUGGUGGUCAUGGCGGCGGUUAUAGUGGCGGCCAUGGUGGUGGUGGUGAAGCCCAUACACUAAUCAUCUCAGACGCAGGCGGUCAUGGUGGACACGGCGGUGGUGGCAGCUAUGGUGGUGGAUACAGUUCCGGCGGACAUGGUGGUCAUGGCGGGGGAGAUGCUCACGUAGAUACUUAUGCCAUUAUUAAAGAAUCUGGCGGUGGGUAUAGUGCGAGCGGUCAUGGCGGCGGUGGCUACAGUUAUGGUGGCGGUCACAGCAGUGGAGGCGGUGGUGGCGAUGCACAUCUGGCUAAAUUAGCAGCGGUAGCGGCAACGUCUGGUGGCUCUCACGGCAGUGGAGGCGGCGGUUAUGGUGGUGGCGGCGGCGGUGGUCAUGAUGACAGUCAUUUAGCUGCAGUAGCAGCCGCCGCAGGUGCAUCCGCGCAUGGCAGCAGCGGCGGUGGCGGUUAUGGUGGUGGCGGUUACAGUAGCGGUGGUGAUGCGCAUUCCAUUGCCAAUAUAGCUGCGCUAACCGCUUCAAGCGACUCACACGGCAGCGGCGGCGGUGGUUAUGGUGGUGGCAGUUAUAGCAGCGGUGGAGGCUAUAGCAGCGGGGGAGAUUAUAGUAGCGGUGGACACGACGAUGCCAAGAUUGCAGCGAUAGCCGCGUCAACAAGCAGCAGCUCCAGCGGCUAUGGUGGGUAUAGCGGCGGAGGCUAUAGCAGCGGUGGUGGAGGUUAUAGCGGCGGCGGUCAUAUCGACACAGCUGUUAUCGCCUCAGCAGCCGGUGCGCACGGAGGCUCAAGCGGCGGAGGGGGAGGUUAUAACUAUGCACCGGCUUCCGGGGGUGGCGGCUGGCAAUCGGGUGGCAGUGGUGGUUGGGCGGCGUCAGGCGGCGGUGGUGGCGGCAGCAGUGGCUGGUAUAAACGCAAAUGA